AUGACCAGAGUCUUACCUUGCUCAAAUUCAAGGAAACCUUUUCCAUCGCAAGUGCUCCUUCUACCUGGUAUUCCCCUUACCCCAAGCCUUAUCCCAAGACAGUCUUGGAAAGAGGGCUCAGAUUGCUGCUCGUGGGAUGGGAUUACCUGUGACAUAGAAACAGGUAAUGUAAUUGGCCUUGACCUUUCUAAUAGCUUGCUCUAUGGUACCAUCUAUUCCAACAAUCCUCUUUUCCUCCUUCAUCAUCUCCAAAAACUCGACCUCUCCUGCAAUGAUUUCAACAAUUCACACGUGUCGCCUCAGUUUGGCCAGUUUUUGAAUUUAACUUAUCUUAACCUAAGCACUUCCAAUUUUGUAGGCGAACUUCCUUCAGAAAUUUCUUAUCUGUCAGGUUUGGUAUCUCUUGAUCUUUCUUGGAAUUAUGAUUUGAGACUACAAAACACUUAUUUUAAGAAGCUUGUUCAAAACCUAACCCAGUUAGAGGAAUUGGACUUGAGUUUGGCAAACAUGUCUUUGGUUGUGCCUAGUUCCUUGAUGAAUAUGUCUUCUUCUUUGACAUCUCUCAAACUCGAGUAUCGUCAAUUGCAAGGGAAAUUCCUAGAUAUCAGUCAUCUAUUUGAAUUGACUUUGCUCUUUCUUUCUGGGAACGAUCAUUUGAUAGUAGAAACUGCUUAUUUUAAGAAGCUUGUUCAAAAACUAACCCAGUUACAAGAAUUGGACUUGAGUGGUGUAAACAUGUCUUGGGUUAUACCAAGUUCCUUGAUGAAUUUGUCUUUUUCUUUGACAUCUCUCAAACUCAGCGAAAGCCAUUUGCAAGGGAAAUUCCCAAAUAUCAGUCAUCUAUCCAAAUUGGUUUCAUUGGACCUCUCCCAUAACAAUUUUAUUGGUCAAAUUCCAUCAUCACUUGGAAGCUUUAAGGAACUCUGUUCAUUGGACCUCGCCUAUAACAAUUUUAAUGGCGAGAUUCCCUUCUCAUUUGGAAACCUUAAACAGCUUGAUACUUUGUCCCUCUACAGCAACAAUCCAAGUGGUCAAAUUCCAUCCUCACUUGGAAGCCUUAAGAAACUUUCCUCAUUAUACCUCUCCAAUAAUAAUUUUAAUGGUGAGAUUCCCUCCUCAUUUGAAAACCUUAAACAACUUGAUACUUUGGACCUCUACAACAAUAAUCUCAGUGUUCAAAUUCCAUUCUCACUUGGAAGCUUUUAG